GGAGGGAGGGGGUCUGCGGAGUGAGCUCUGAUUUCUGCAAAGUUGCUACAGUCUAUGGUCUCUGGUGCCUCCGCCCGGAGGAGCCAGGGGUGAGGACCCUCUACGGGCUUGAAGGUCCCGCCCUCGAGGCGGGGCCUGGAAUCCCGCGGGCUCCGCAGCCAAGUUCAACAACACGCACGCUGAAGGACCCGCAGCUGGUACACUCAACCUGCCUUGCUGAUGCUGCGAGAGAGCCCAGGCACAGACAGCACACCAGGAGAGCCGGUCCUUGCAGCAGCAUUUAGGGGACAGCUCCAACCAUGCGUGCCUUCCGGGCAAGCUGUGCCUGUCAGGUUCUGGGGCGUAGAGGGGGUGGUGUUCAGGGCUGGGUUGUAGGAAGACAAUGGGAGCCCAGGACUGUGUAUGUUUUUGUCUAUUAUGUAGAAGGAUAAUUGUGAAAAUAUUUCAUGUCACUCUCAAAGAUUACCUUAGAUACAUUUUUAAAAGGAGAAGAAAUCUAGGAAAGCCAGUCUGCUUAAAUUGCCAGGGAGCCAAGUCAACAUGUAGACAGGAGCAAUUUUUGAUGCUUUGUUAAAUAUUUAGUCUUGGCAAAGAUACAAUUCCAUGUUUAAUGAUAUUUAUGAUAUGUCUUUAUGUUCAAAAGAACAUACAAAGCAUACACCAGAUUGCUUGUUUUCAAGGGUGUUAAUUACCAAUUCAAGUUUGCAGCCUUGACUUUUUAGAAACAGUUUAAAUUGACCUUGUAGUUUAUUGUGUCAUUUUAUGAGAAUUCAGCCAGUUUAACUUUUUAUUGAUGCAGAAAAGGAAGCUUGGCCUUAAGCAAGCCACACAAAACUGAUGAGCAGAAGUGGAAUUAGGUCGGUGAGGGUUGUGGUGUGGUCAGUAGAAGAGCUUUUGAUGCUAUACUGAAGGAUUAUCGAUAAUUGAUAAGCAUGUACUGGAAGCUUUGACUUGGGAGUCCGUGUUCUGCAUUGGAGAGUUCAAUUGUCUUAUGGGAAAAUGGAGGUCCCAGUGUGGGUAAUGGCAGAGAAUGUUGGAAUCCAGGACUUCUGUCCCUCUAGCCGGUGCACUUCACUUUGAUGACAUGAAUGUGAGACUCCACAGAAGCUGGGACAACUGGCAAAGGCACCGGCAGCAAGAUUACAUGGGUGAUGUAGCCAGAGCCUCAGACACUGGAAUAACAAGCAGGUGGUUUGUACUCAAGAAUAUGUAAUCAGCCUGGAGAAAAAUCUCUCAGAAUGUAGCCCUUGCAGUGGUGAUCGAUAGCAGCACCCUGGUUGGUAGCUCCAGUGGCAAAAAGAUUGGCCAUGGGACCAGAAGGCAAGUGCACCCAGUCCAGGAUUAACUGGAGACUGUUCAAUCUCAUAGCUCCUCCUGGGGGUAGGGACCAGUUCUGGGAAACCCCAAAGCCCUGUAGACUAAUGGCUGCUGGAACAUCCACCUUGCUUAGCCUGUCAGGCCCUGCUGAUCACAUGGCUGAGGGCAAAGGGGCUCCUCUGAGGCCUUCAGUUGAGAAGAGAUGGAAGCUCAUGGAACCCAAGCAGACCCAGGCAGGGAUGUUCAAGAAAAUGAGCCUUGUGGACUCUGACACUGCUGCAGGAAAGGGUAGCCAAGAUGAGGCCUAUACUGAACUGAGCCUGCCAACAGCACCGAACAAGCCUCGACUGGACAGGCCUCGGGCCUGCAAGGCAUACACAGAGCAGAGGCACAAUACCUUCACAGAGCUAUCAUGUCUCCAGGAGAGGCCAGGGGACAUCCAGGCCCAGACGAGGAAGCUGGAGAACCCAGAAGGCCAGCUCGGCCCUCAGCAGCUGCCCUCGAGUUUCCUCAGAGCCUCAGGUGAUGGCACAGUGUGUUCAGCAUGGCCAGGUGCCCCCCGGAGUGAGCAGAAAAGUGCUUUCAGCAAGCCAGCCAAACGCCCAGCAGAGAAACCUAAGCGCUCUCCCAUGCUUCUGGCUGGUGGAAGUGCAGAGGGCUCAUGGGAGCUCUCAGGACUCAUCACCACUGUGGACAUCCCAUAUUGGGCUCAUCUGUCAACUUUCAAGUUCAUGGGUGAUUUCUGGAAAUUGCACACAUUGUCACAGAACAUUCUCCUCUGCAAUGCUUUCCAGGGGGCUCCCACACCAUGGCUGGAGCAUACCCAGGUACAAGCCCCCACAUCCUCAGCUCCUUCCUCCACAGCCUCCCGGGCUCUCUUGCCGCCCACACUCUCCUCCUUGGGCUUGUCUACUCAGAACUGGUGUGCGAAGUGCAACCUAGCCUUUCGCCUGACAGCUGACCUGGUCUUCCACAUGCGGUCACAUCACAAAAGGGAACACGUGGGCCCUGACCCACAUUCUAAGAAACGAAGAGAGGAAGUUCUCACUUGCCCCGUUUGCCACGAGUACUUCCGGGAGCGCCACCAUCUGUCCAGGCAUAUGGCUUCACAUAGUUAGCAGGUGGCUACAGAGGAAACCGAUGGCCAUAGUAUCCAGGACACAGUGGUGAGGCACAGGUGACUACCGGCCUUUGCUGAGAAGGUUGUCAUAGACUUCUUCAAGGUUGUUCCUUUUGCUUCCCAGACAUGAACUGCUCAGUUAUAAUUUGUCAGGUGUCCCAGGCCUCGUGAUGUGUUUAAUGCACAAUAUGUUUAGUCAUGCAUUAAAGUGAUAAGCUUCACUCAUGGGAUAGUGGGACCCAUGGCUCAGGGAACAGGGCUGCUCCUGUCUCUGUCCCCAGUACUCUGCAAGGAAGCACAUGAGUAUGACAUCGUGGCUUUGCUGAUGAGCAAGCCUGCACUCAAUCUAUGCUUUCAACUAUGAGCCCUGACCUCGGACCUGUUCCUUUAGCUUGCUGAACCUCACUUUUAUUUUGAAAGUGGUGUGUUAGCAGGAUGUCAUCAGAGUGGCCCGCUUAUUCCCUGGUUGACUGUGAGCAUUAAGCAUAUGGAUUGUAUAGUCACUGCUUGCACUAGCCAGCUACGUCAUUCAUGAAAUCUCAGGGAUGAACAAACAUUGUGUUUCUCUGCCACAAGGCUGGGGAUGGCUUGGUGGACAUAGCUCAAGCUGCACUCAAGUCUAGGCCCUUUUGCUGCUGGGUCAUUAUGCUGGAUAUAGUGAAGCCCAGAGUGGAAAAUACCGAGAAAAUGGGUCACAAGCCUAAGUUUCCCUGGCCCUACGUAAAUCCAGGCCUAAAGGGGCCGAGUGAAAAAGUGACCUGGCUGAAACCCUAACAAAGGAGUGGGGGCUAGUAAUACAGCUCCCCCCAUUCUCUGGGUAUUCACACUGUGAAUGUGUGAGAAGAGAGAAACAGAACACACAUCAUUUAUUCUGGAUUUUAUCCAGGUGCCAUUCAUCCUUGUGGUUCUGAGUAGGGCAGGAAAGAGCAAGUGGAGGGUCCUCGGAAUGAGGUCCCCAGGCGGCACUUCACAUCCUCUCAUCUGUAGGACACAGACAGUGAAUUCUCAUCCUACUGCAGAUGAAUUUCAACUUAAAAAGGCUAUUGACUUUCCCAACACCACUUUGUCAGGAGCAUUGGUGGAAGAACAAAAUCCCAUGAAGCCCCAGAUCUGAGCUCAGGUCUUUCCAGCCGCUUCAUGUCUGCUUAGCUAGCAUGGCCAUGGAGCGUACUAAGUGACUCAAGGUCUGGAACUUUGAGGCUGGGCUCCUUAAGUUCAAUUCCAACUUAACCUUGCUACUUUACAAGACGUACACGUGCUCAUGCACGCGCAUGUGCACACACACACACACACACACACACACACACACACACACACACACCACUCUUCUCUUGAGCACUUUUCUCCAUCUUGUAUACUAAAUAGCAUAGCGACUUAUCCUGUCCACUGUAGCUCUCCUCUCUAGAAUAAAAGGGAGUUUUGGUGUAUUUCCAUCAUCUAGAACAACACAGACACUCAACAGGUAUCUGUUGAAAGAAAGAAUAAACACAUAAGUUAACAAAUGAACGAUCUGCCUGACUCUGGCUUUGCUCCUGCCAACUCUUGAGUUGGCUUUGAGGAACAAGAGGUGGCAUCUGUCAAAAGCACACUUACCUUGAGCCCACACAUUGGCACUGAUUUCUAUGCCAUCUCUUUGGAAAGGGGAAUGGUCCUGUCAUAGCAUACAGAAGAUGCUUAGAAUUGAUGUUGACACAAGUUGCUUUGCAGCCAGAUUUACAAGUUCAAAGAUGUUUAAAAGCCGGUGACUUAGGACUUGUUAGUGACACAGUCCCUCAGAAUAAGCAUGCUGGGUUCCCAGGUGUCCUCUGGAAGUCCCACCCCCUCUCCUGUCUCCCUUCUUCAUGCCACUUGCUCCUCCCAGCGAGAAGGCACUUUAUUUUUAUUUUAUUUUUAUAUUUUUCCAUUUUUUAUUAGGUAUUUAGCUCAUUUACAUUUCCAAUGUUAUACCAAAAGUCCCCCACAGCCACCCACCCCCACUCCCCUACCCACCCACUCCCCCUUUUUGGCCCUGGCGUUCCCCUGUACUGGGGCAUAUAAAGUUUGCAAGUCCAAUGGGCCUCUCUUUCCAGUGAUGGCCGACUAGGCCAUCUUUUGAUACAUAUGCAGCUAGAGUCAAGAGCUCCGGGGUACUGGUUAGUUCAUUAUGUUGUUCCACCUAUAGGGUUGCAGAUCCCUUUAGCUCCUUGGCUACUUUCUCUAGCUCCUCCAUUGGGAGCCCUGUGAUUCAUCCAUUAGCUGACUGUGAGCAUCCACUUCUGUGUUUGCUAGGCCCCGGCAUAGUCUCACAAGAGACAGCUACAUCUGGGUCCUUUCAAUAAAAUCUUGCUAGUGUAUGCAAUGGUCUCAGCGUUUGGAAGCUGAUUAUGGGGUGGAUCCCUGGAUAUGGCAGUCUCUACAUGGUCCAUCCUUUCAUCUCAGCUCCAAACUUUGUCUCUGUAACUCCUUCCAUGGGUGUUUUGUUCCCAAUUCUAAGGAGGGGCAUAGUGUCCACACUUCAGUCUUCAUUCUUCUUGAGUUUCAUGUGUUUAGCAAAUUGUAUCUUAUAUCUUGGGUAUCCUAGGUUUGGGGCUAAUAUCCACUUAUCAGUGAGUACAUAUUGUGUGAGUUCCUUUGUGAUUGUGUUACCUCACUCAGGAUGAUGCCCUCCAGGUCCAUCCAUUUGGCUAGGAAUUUCAUAAAUUCAUUCUUUUUAAUAGCUGAGUAGUACUCCAUUGUGUAGAUGUACCACAUUUUCUGUAUCCAUUCCUCUGUUGAGGGGCAUCUGGGUUCUUUCCAGCUUCUGGCUAUUAUAAAUAAGGCUGCUAUGAACAUAGUGGAGCAUGUGUCGAGAAGGCACUUUAAACCAUGACUUCCCAACUUAGGUCUUUCAUUAAAUAAAUAAAAAAAAUAGUCUGGAUA